AAUUGAUUGAUUUUCUUAACCUUCUUCUCACACUCUAUACAAACUCUCGUAGCAUUUCGGCAUCCAAACUAACUCUCUCAUCUUCUACAGCAUUCUUCUGCAAUUCAAAUCAAAUUUUCAAACCAUGGCUUCCUCCACCAACGCUCUUCCUCCCACCGGCAACGGCCUCAUCGUGAGCUUCGGCGAGAUGCUCAUCGAUUUCGUCCCCACCGUCUCCGGCGUGUCCCUUGCGGAGGCUCCGGGCUUCCUCAAGGCCCCCGGCGGCGCCCCCGCCAACGUCGCCAUCGCCGUCGCGAGGCUCGGCGGAAAGGCGGCGUUCGUCGGAAAGCUCGGCGACGACGAGUUCGGGCACAUGCUGGCUGGAAUCCUGAAGGAGAACGACGUGCGAUCCGACGGGAUCAACUUCGACCAGGGCGCGCGCACCGCGCUGGCGUUCGUGACCCUACGCGCCGACGGAGAGCGUGAGUUCAUGUUCUACAGAAACCCCAGCGCCGACAUGCUCCUCACGCCCGAAGAUCUCAAUCUCGAACUCAUCAGAUCUGCAAAAGUAUUCCAUUAUGGAUCGAUAAGCUUGAUCGUGGAGCCAUGCAGAUCAGCACACCUGAAGGCAAUGGAAGUUGCCAGGGAAGCAGGAUGCUUGCUCUCUUAUGACCCAAACCUGCGGCUACCCUUGUGGCCCUCCGCCGAGGAAGCACGUCAGCAAAUACUCAGCAUAUGGGACAAGGCUGAUGUAAUCAAGGUCAGUGAUGUGGAACUGGAAUUCCUAACCGGAAGUGACAAAAUUGAUGAUGCAUCUGCUCUCUCCCUGUGGCACCCCAAUUUGAAGUUGCUCCUUGUCACUCUUGGCGAACAUGGCUCUAGAUACUAUACCAAGAAUUUCCAUGGAUCAGUGGAGGCUUUUCAUGUCAGCACGGUCGACACAACUGGCGCUGGUGAUUCCUUUGUUGGUGCUCUAUUAAGCAAGAUUGUCGAUGAUCAAUCCGUACUUGAAGAUGAAGCAAGGUUAAGGGAAGUACUCAAGUUUGCAAAUGCGUGUGGAGCAAUUACAACUACUAAAAAGGGAGCAAUUCCUGCUCUUCCCACAGAGGCUGAUGCCCUCAACCUGAUCAAAGAGGCAUAGAAAUUUAAUGCUAGUAGCUUUUGGUUUUCUUUAUAUAUAUGUCUUCAUCCUUUUCCUUUCGCGUUGGACUUGCUUGCUAUCAACUUCAGAUGGAUUUUGUUUCUUGGUUUUCUUUGUUUUAUUUACCCCUCAUUCUGCAUUAACGGUAAUAUCAUAUGAUUUGGGGUUUUGCCAAAUGAUUUCUUUCAAAUUCUGAGAUUGAGAUUAUUGGUUGAAUGAAAAUUUGAGUCCUUAUCAGGUCGGUCCACAA